UUUUCGAUACAUAUGGAAUCAUCGUAAAUUGUGACGUUUUUACGCGUGUAAAAUAGCUCGCAAACAAAGAGAUUCUGUAAAAAAAAAGAAGUUUUCCUGUUGUUUCCUCGAAGAAGACUGUGCGGAGAAGUGCGGAGACGGACGCAUUGCGAUCGGUCAGAUGUGCACGUCUGAUAGGCAAAUUAUUUUUAAUAUACACGCGUAUAUACGUUUUUAUGUGUUAACAGGCGCGACAGCUGUAGCCCGAUGCCCGAAAGGGGUUAUCUCCUUGAUUAUACCAGCACGAUCCUCUCUGUCUGUUCUUCUCUCUUUCUACAUGUAACACCUUUUCGUUUCGGGGUUAUCAGUUUCCAUGUACUAUAUUGCAUUUUACAUCAAUUACGAAUCCUAUAAAAGAAGAAGGAUCUCGCGUACGCUACCAGUCUCGCAUCAGGGGCCACGCUAUGAUGAAUGCCCUUACCGUAUUGCUGCUGUGCCUAGCGGCCGCGUGUGCGGUUCCGGUGCACUUUCCUGCUGAGAAAACGGUGAUUUACAACUAUCACGCCGAUGUGAAAGCUGGGAUUGUUGAGCCAGUGCAAUACGCGUCUGAGUUUGCUCUCGCUGGACAACUUCACAUAAGGAAGGAUGCCAAUGAUCCGUCCUUGAAUAAUGCUUACUACAUCAAACUAAAUAACCUAAAGUAUGGCAUGUUCAAUGGCAUGGUCGAACAUCAUCGACCAGUCGAAGUGGUUCACGAGCUUGAAGAAGCCGCGCAGCAGAUCCAGGAGCCGUUUGUGAUUGUCUACAACGAAAAUGGCAAGUUCGAAGGCGUCAAAAUACCGGAGAACGAGAGCGGUUGGUCGAGGAACAUCAAGCAAAGUAUCGCCUCGAUGCUGCAACUGGAUUUAGCUCACGUACAACUGCAAACCCCGAUGAUACCACACAGUUUUGUCACGCAUGAGAAAACUAUUCACGGCACCUGUGAAGUCACCUACGACGUUUCUCCGAAAAACCCGGUGAAUCCGGAAACCAACAAUGUCUUUGUGGUCAGAAAAAUGCACGAUCUGAUGAACUGCAGUCACUUUGCUCAGCGUGUUUUCGAUCAUGUUGAAUGCGAGAAGUGUCAUGUCGAGUCUGUGAAUGAUAUGACCAGCGCUGCCAGAAGAGUUUUUGAGAUCGAACAGCGGGGUGAUGACGUUAUCAUUAAACGUCUGGUCGCUCACUCGGUCAUCAAUUAUUUCCCUUACAACGCCCGAUCUGAAGCUCACUAUCUCUUGACUAACACUACUCUAAAUUUGCAUUCCGUUGAGUCAGUGGCGGAGACCCCUCUGACCGCCGGGAACUUCCAGACUGUGCCUAUCAUUCGCGAUCUCACCUUCAACAAGCCGAUGGGAAAUUAUGCUCUUCAUGCUGCCGAAGAUCUUACUCAUGGACGACACAUUGUCCAAUUGGACACGCUCAUUCCUAAACUUAAGAAAAUGUUGAUGGAGGCUGUUGAUUAUCUUGAGGAAAAUCACUUGGAAGCCAAAGAACCCGAAUGGAAGCACGGACAAACUAUCAACAGGCUGCAACAUACCAUGAGCUACAUGGAUCUGGGUUCAUUGGAGCAAGUUUACAACGCCAUUCAGGAUCCGAAGACACCCAAGGAAGUCACGAUGAAGAACAUUUUCCUGCGAAUGAUUCCAACCGUGGGCACAACCGCUGCUUGCCACUUUACGCGAAAUGUCAUCCGCAAACAUAAAGUAACCGAUGCAGCUGCUUUUGCGAUGUUAAUGAAACUGUCGAUGCACGUCAAGGUACCCAGCGAAAGAUUGCUUCUGGAAAUGGAAGAUCUGUUAAAAUUGAGCAACACUGUAUCAAUGGAAGUAAGAAAGGCCAGCAUUUUCUGCUUCUCCAUCUUGAUCCGCAAGACAUUCAUACAUCAGCAGGGCGAAAUCGUCAAUCCUCUUCUCGAGAGAUACGUACACCGUUUCCUCGAUCACGUUAAGAACGAGCAAUCGUAUGAGAUGAAAAUGGUUUAUCUGAUGGCGAUGAAAAACGUCCAAGUGGGCGGCAUCGAAAAACUCUUGGAGCCGAUUAUCCGCGGCCAGGUUUCCAUAUCCGAGAACCCACAUCAUAUUCGCAUUCAGGCAAUCUGGGCAAUCAAGAAAGCAGUCGCUGAUAAAGUCGAAUAUACCCAUAACUUGCUCUGGCCUAUUCUCGCUGAUGUCACUCAGCCGCUGCCCGUCAGAAUCGUCGCCUAUGACGUUUUGAUGAGCCAGCUGCCGAACAUACAACGACUCAUGAACAUAUACUGGCUCAUGGUCCAUGAACAAAAUCAUCAUCUGUACAACUAUCAUUAUACUACACUGAAAGGUCUUGCCAAUUCUGUAGACCCUUGCCUCACGCCGGUCCGCGACAUGGCCAGAAAAGUCUUGCGCUUUACAAAAGUAAGACCGACCACCAUUGUGCUCUCGUCCAAGAAAUUGAUCGAUUACACCGAUCCUGUAUACGAACAUGGUGAGUCCUGGAAAAUGUCCUGGGUCCUUGACGAAAUGACCGGUGUGCCGCAGGCUGGAUACGUCGAACAUUACGCAUCAUUGGCUCGUAAGCCCGUCGAGAAAGUCGGCAUUUACUGGUCUGUCUACGGUUUAGAUGAGAUCAUGAAGAUGGUCAAGAAAGAACUGAUCGGCACCACGGUCGAAAAUCUUAAUAACAAGAAUGUACAGAACAUUUUGAUGCGCGCCGCGCAAGAUAUGCCGUCGAGGAAACCCGUCCACAUCGACGUUUGCAUCACGCUUAACGGUCAUGUAGUCGUCGUCAAUCAUUACGAUCAAAAUACCUACAAGAACAUAUUCAACGAAAUGGUUAAUCUGAAGCAGAUAAUGAGCGGCAAUGUCCAGGAAAUCACAUAUGACACCCUUUACGAGAUGCAGGUGCCCACUGACAUGGGUCUGCAGGCAGUUCUUAGCACCAAGAUGCCGCAGUUAUUGUCGAUGAAAUUCAACAAUAUUCACACCGAAGUCAAAAAACCGUCCGUGAACAUGAAAUUCGAGGUCGACGCUCGCAUCUGGAAGCAUGGCGAAUACGUCAUGUCGAUCUACAACCCUGUUGCCGACGUCUGGCACUCGAUUCGCCGUGCAACCGUCUUGGACGUCGCCAUGCCCGUGGAGAUGAGUGUCGGUUACAAUCAUGAAACAAAGAAUCUCAAGGUCACCAUGCCGCGAUUGCCAAUCACCAAAUUAUCGCACACCGGAAUGCGAUUUCACGCGAAGAACUUGGUGACCAUUACUGAAGACGAGCAGGACGUUCUCAAAGUCAGCUGCGCUACUUGCCAUCAUCACACGGUCGUCACUACCGGCGAGAAGAAAAACUAUCACACCGCCGUGGACUCCAAGGACACGGGUCUCAAAUACAGCACGACGAUCUUCGAUUGUGAGAACAACGUCACCCCAAUGAUCAACGCUCAAGAGUGGCAACGUGCGCUUUCGCCGGAACACAAGAACACUUGGGGCUCGGAGAUCCAACGAUACGUCAUGGGUAUCCGUCAAAAAUUCAUCAACGAUUUAAUUUCACCGGACAUGGGUAACUGCGGAAGGGUCAUGAAAAUGGAGCCCAGCAUCGUUUAUCCUACUUCGCACGUCGAUUUGAACGUACGAGUCAACGUAGAAGACGUCGAUCACAUUUACGAUAAGAUGCACAUGAUUAACAGCAAUAAGAUCAACAUUCGCGGUACCCUCGAUGCUAAAGCAGCCUCCACGAACGAAUCCGUUCGCUCAUGGAAUGUGAACGUGAACGUUGAAAUGUCUCAGGGACACACACUCAACAAUGUCAAAGUUCAGAUGACGAGAGUGACGCCAGGAGAGAAGAAUUUAAAGAUUUGCAUAGACGCUCAAAAGACCUACCCGGUCAUAGAAACUGAUCCCUUGAAAGUCGACAUCAAGCAUAAGCAGGAGACCAACACAAAGAUGACCAUCACUGCAGGAUUCACGGACGAAGAUAAAUGCGUCCGCGACGAUAUGUCAAUCGUGUUAUCUGUCAAAGGCGAGAUGACAGAGGAGCAGAAGAAGCAAAUGGCGCACGAUAGCGUGCACGGUGCUUGCGUCAAGGACAUUCAAAAUCCGCAAUUCCAAACAGGACAGAAUCAUGUUCCCAAAACCAUGAACUGCGUCCACGAGAGCAUACAAUACACGACCAUGAAAAAAUACACCAUUAACGCAUCAUAUAAAAAGGUACCGAUACAAGUAUUCUCGCAAUUCAACAAAUUCGACGAUCACGUUCGUGCGUUGCACUUGCCGUACGUGAGAUACAUCGUAGACCGUACUCCGAGCGGUAACGCGCAAGUGGUUAUUGAGUUCUCCUCCGAUCUGAGUCACGUCAAUGCAACCGUCGUCACUCCGGUCAGCGGAUACGAAUAUGUCCAAGUUCCUUUGCAUCAAUCAACCAACUUCGAGGGCAUAGUAGUGAAUAAAGCGGUAUCGCAUCCAGUAUGGCACACUAUCAUGGACAGUACUCGUUUCUCCGUAACGAACUUGUACAAAGUAAUGCAGGACCAAUCUAAGAUCUGUACGAUCUACCCGCAAAGUCUGAUCACUUUGGAAAACGGCAUGUUGCCAUUCGUGGUGACCGAUAAAUGGACUCUUGUAUCCAGCGACCACAUUGAUCAGACGUACGCCGUUUUUGUGAAAUCUGUACAAAAUAAUAAGCUAGCCAUGAAAGUCUACGUUGCUGAUCAUGAGAUGGAAGUUAUGCCGAAUGACGUUGAUGUCGUCGUUUCCAUUGAUGGCAAUACGAUCGAUCACAAAAAAGGAAUUGUGGUCCCGCAGGAUGAGCCGAAAUCUUACGCGAUGAAAAUCACCGAAAACAACGAGCACCUUGUAAUCCAAUCUCAACGUGUGCCGAUAAUGAUAAUGUGGACAUCUGACAGUGUAACAUUAAUGCUGAGCACCGAUUUACAAGGUUACAUAACCGGAAUGUGCGGCCACAUGGACAAUACGCACAAAGAGAAACUUCCGAAGAUUUACACUGCCACGCAUCUUUAACUCAUAAUAUAAUUUGAAUCCAUAGCACCACUUUAUUCUUAUCAAAACCUAAAUUCAAUUAAAUAUUAUCUAGAUUUAUUUACACAAAUGUAGAACACAAUUUUAUUUCAUAAGAAAAUGUAAGAAUGACAUUGUAGAAGCAUAAAGAGAAACAAUAUGUAAUAAAUUCUUACUCUCAACAUAA